AUGUCGAAGAUAGUGGAAGGCACGCAGAUGCAGAAGCAGCUCUUGGGCAGGAAAGAUGGCGAGGCCAUGAUGUCGAACCUGAGCGACAGCUCAAUGGAGCUCACAGACAAGGAGGCCAAUGCCCGGGAGAGGACUGCCAAGUUCAGUGCAGAUCGGGACAGGUACCACCCUGAAGAGGAUCGACCAGCAGACGACGACAUGCCCACGUUAGCCUUUUCGGGAACUGCGCAGGAAACCGCUGACAACAUCGUGGCAAUGGCUACCAAGGACUACGUGGAGGAGGUGGAGCUCAGCGAAUUGCAGGUCACCCAGAUGCCUUCUGUUCCCGCAGAGGCGGUGCUCACACUCGAGCUAGGUGGCCGUGUGCUGGCCGAAAGCCGUGCCCAUUGCCAGCAGGGCCAUGCAAGAUUCCAGGAGCGUAUGGCGCUCCAGAUCCAGGGAGGAGGCAGCGAAGGCCAGAGCUGCAUGCUGCGGGUGAGCGCAAAGGGCACGAGAAGUUCACCCCCGAACUGUCCGGAGGAGUUCAGCGCGGAGGUGGCGUUCACCACGAAGGACAUCAUGCGGAGGGUGCACAGCAAGCACGGACAGCAGUACUUUCACUACCGGAUGCUCCCGAAGGACUCCAGCGCGAGCGCCUCGCUGCGGCCCAGUCUCUCUAUGCGCCUUCGCGAGGUCACUGGCCGCUGAACCAUUGCAGCGCAGAGAAAAACA